CUUUCUCUCGCAUCUUCAUACUGCAUCGAAGACAUUCAAAUCGGACCUGACGAGCAAGUUUCUAUAAUCCGACACAACCCAGGAUGAGCUCCCCAGAACCCCAAGGUGAACCCCAACCCGUCUCCGGAUCCCCUUCGGAAUUCCUUCGAAACAUUGUUGGCAAGCGCGUUAAGGUUAGAAUAGGAAGCGGGGUGGAUUACACCGGUCUUUUAACAUGUUUAGAUGGUUACAUGAACGUCGCCCUUGAGCAAGCGGAGGAGUGGGCGGGAGAGGUGAAGACUGCCGCUUACGGUGAUUGUUUCUUGCGAGGUAACAACGUCCUCUACAUCUCAGCACUGGAAGAUUUAUAGAUGAAUGAGAACUUUGCAGAUAAGUUAGGCAUGUAUGUGUAAUUACUAUGAUCAAAAGCGAAUCGUU